AUGAAGGUGGUGGCUCUCGUGAGCGGCGGAAAAGACAGUUGCUACGCCAUGAUGGAGUGUGUGCGUUUUGGCCACGAAAUUGUGUGCCUAGCGCAUCUGCAUCCAUCGUCGCAACUGUCAGCAGAUGACGCUGAGAUCGAUUCUUUCAUGUUUCAAAGUGUCGGCCAUCAGAGUGUUGAGCUCAUCGCCAAGAUAGGUGAUGAGGUUGAAGACCUAUUUCGACUGCUACAAAAGGUCAAGGUGCAGUGUCCAAACGUUGAAGGUGUCUGCACAGGUGCCAUCUUUUCUAGCUAUCAACGCAAUCGAGUCGAGAAUGUCUGUUCGAGAGUGGGACUCACAUCGCUCAGCUACUUGUGGCGUCGCGAUCAGACCGAGUUGCUGCAAGAGAUGAUUGAUUCGAAAAUAGAAGCCAUAUUGAUUAAGAUUGCAUCCAUUGGAUUACAACCACGAAUGCACCUGGGAAAGACAAUAGCGGAGCUGCAGCCACAAUUGAUGACGUUGAAGGAAAAGUAUCAUCUUAAUGUUUGCGGUGAAGGCGGCGAGUACGAAACUUUCACGCUCAAUUGUCCAUUGUUCAAAAAGCGCAUUGUCAUUGAUGAGAGCCACGUCGUAAUUCAUUCGGAUGACUAUGUGGCACCUGUGGCGUUUUUGUCGAUUGACAAAUGCCAUCUGGAGGACAAAACCCCCGCUAGUCCAUCGCACCUGGCUUUGCGAAUUCCUCGUAUUUCGCCUCCUAAUGUAUCAAGGCCCACAAAUCGUACGAGAAAAAAGCUAGCAACUAUGCUCGCUCUUACGCCACAGGCAGCAAAUGAUCAUGUGCCUACUUUUGGUCAAUUUCGCGACCAGUUGCACGUAUCAGGCCUUAUGAGUAGAUAUAUUGGUGACGCAUCAAUUACUUUAGAGGAAGAAAUCGCGGAUAUUUUUUCUCAGAUAAAGGCGAUUCUUCAAAGCCAUCGAAUGGAAUUAAACGACGUGUGCUACGUGCAUUUAUACGUCCAGGAUAUGUCCUCGUUCAGUCAGCUCAAUGCCGAGUAUAUCCGGCACCUUGGUCAACACUUGCCCCCAUCGCGUUCGUGUGUCGAAAUUAAUGCAUUGGCCAAUGUUCCAGCCCGUGUGCUUAUAGACUGUUUUGCGUUGCGUGGUAGUGGAGUUCAGAAGUUACAAGCUCUACGGGUGCGCCGUGACGUCUUACAUGUCAAGAGUACGUCAAGUUGGGCACCAAGCUGUAUCGGUCCUUACAGCCAAGCAAAUGUACUGCACCGUGCGCUUAUAUUGCUGGCUGGACAAAUCGCUUUUUAUCCUCAAACGAUGGAACUGGUUCCAGGCGACCGUGCAACUCAAACAACUCAGUGCUUUUACAAUGUCUGUCGUGUCUUGGAAGCGCUUGAUUCAAAUCUUCGUCAUGUGUGCUCUAGUGUCAUUUACACCACUGGAGACCCUGAAGACUGCGGGGGUCGGGAGCGCCUGCUAGCUGACUGUCGUCGCCAUCUACUAGCCAACGCUGAGCUGGUCGAUGUAUUCGAAGACGUUGUAGACAGUGACGAGAGUGACGGUGAAGUUGACAAGAAGGAAGCGCGCUUGGCGUUUGUGAAAGAAGCUCCGCUGCUGAUUGUUCAGCUGUCUCAAUUACCACGUAACGCACUUGUAGAGGUGGAGUCUCAGGCGCUCACGCACAUUGCGUUUAAAUAUCUUAGACCACAAAGUUUCACGCGCACGAAUCGUCUCGGCAAUCUUCGUUUUGACUGGCAAACAGGAAUGGUGCCACGAGCAAUGUGCCAAAUUGUGUGUACAGCAUCAGCAGAAAGUAGUGAAGACUACUUAGAUACAAGACUGUUGGCCAAAGCUGUCGCAGAGGGAAUGUGGACAUGCAUACUUGACAGCCUCGUCCAAGCUUUAAUGCCCUGGGAUCGUGUGGUACAUGCUCGGACAUUUUAUGUGGCAUCAGCUUUCUCUAGUGAGAUUGAGCUAGCUAAAAUGUAUCACAAUACCGUCACGGCACGAGGAAAGGUACAAAGCAUGCCCGGUAUGACGUUUGUACCUGUGGACGCCAUCCAAAGCAAUGCGCUUGUUGCACUUCAGGUGACAGCGCAGGAUUUGGACAAACUCGAGACAGAGCUAUGGCUGCACAAGCAGAUAUAG